AUGACUACAGAAGAAAUUGAGGCCUCACAGUCCGGAGUCGAAGAUGUGGGUGUCGGUGGACCUGGCGCACCGACGCCACUCAUAGCUCUCGAGGGCGUUGCAGGUCUUACGAAAAGAGAUAUACAGCUCAUAAUUGAUGGCGGCUUCAACACGGUUGAGUCUGUUGCAUAUACCCCGCGUCGGGUUUUGGAGCAGAUCAAGGGUAUCUCGGAGCAGAAGGCGACAAAGAUAUUGACGGAGGCAUCCAAGCUUGUACCUAUGGGCUUCACCACCGCAACGGAAAUGCACCAGCGACGAAGCGAAUUGAUAUCCAUCACGACCGGCUCCAAGCAGCUUGAUACAUUGUUGGCGGGUGGAAUCGAGACUGGUUCAGUGACCGAAAUCUUUGGGGAAUUCCGAACAGGAAAGAGUCAAAUAUGCCAUACCCUUGCUGUCACCUGUCAACUACCUUUUGACAUGGGAGGAGGUGAAGGGAAGUGCCUCUAUAUUGAUACAGAAGGCACGUUCCGACCGGUUCGUCUGCUUGCAGUGGCAAACCGAUACGGCCUUUCAGGCGAAGAAGUUCUUGACAACGUUGCCUAUGCUCGUGCGUACAAUUCCGACCAUCAGCUUCAGCUACUCAACCAAGCUGCGACCAUGAUGUGUGAGACUCGAUUCUCUCUACUCAUCGUCGACAGUGCUACUUCCCUCUACCGCACGGACUUUGUUGGCCGAGGAGAGCUGUCUUCCAGACAGACUCAUCUAGCAAAGUUCUUGCGGACCCUUCAACGUCUGGCCGAUGAGUUUGGUAUUGCUGUUGUUAUUACAAACCAAGUUGUCGCUCAAGUCGAUGGUGGUCCAAGUGCUAUGUUUAACCCCGAUCCCAAGAAACCUAUUGGAGGAAACAUUAUUGCACAUGCAAGCACCACCAGGUUGAGUCUCAAGAAGGGUCGAGCAGAAACCAGAAUUUGCAAGAUCUAUGACAGUCCUUGUUUGCCGGAGAGUGAUUGUCUGUUUGCUAUCAAUGAGAAUGGUAUUGGGGACCCAAGCCCUAAGGAUCUUGAAAAGGAUUAG